UUCAGUGGAGGGAGGUGUGCGACGCUGGAGGUUUGCAGCUAUGGCCAGGGUUGGGCUGAUACUGAAUGUGGUGUUGGUGUGCCUGGUGACAGCGUCCAACGCUAUCGGCGAAACAAACUACAUGUUCAAGAGCGGAGUUUUUGCCUCCAUCUCCAACGUUGAAGAUUUGCUCCAUCCUGAAGGAGAAAUUAUGAGGAGACUGGAGAAAUAUUAUAUGAGCGCUGAAAACACUUUGGAGUCUUUGAAAAGAUACAUAGAAGCGUGGCGAGCUCUGGAUUUUGAAUCGCUUUUGGGGGAAGAUUCUUUAUCAAAAGACAGAUACUACGAGAGAAAAAGAUUGGGUUUUAGAAUGAAAGAAGGCGAAUUACGUUUACAGUUGAGAAAACUUCAGUCCAAGACGGCUACGAGUAAGAACAAGAGAGGUGAUGAUUUUCCGUUAGCUAACUUCCUGCACCAAGAUGAAAAAGAAAAUGAAACUUCAACUGAGGAUAUUGAAUCUCAGAUUGUGAAAGUCCAAAGUGAAAUUCAGCUGGUCCAGGCUGAGUAUGACAAAUAUGAUGUAAAGACUCAUAAGAAAACUUCAGCAGCCGUGACAAGGAUGAGCGCCGGAGGCGUACAGCAUCCAGUUGACACUUACCUUCUGAUGAAGAGACUCACAAAAGAAUGGCAUGACAUUGAAAAAUCCUUAUUGAAGCUUCACAACGACACUUUCAAAGUUCUCGAUGACGGUGACCACGACCGUGAGAAGUACAACUUCCCGGUGGCCGCGGACCUGAACGGUGCGGCCGUGGCCCUCAUAAGGCUGCAGGAUCUCUACGACCUCAACAUGAAGGAGUUCGGGGACGGCCUCAUCCCUGCGGCCGUCACCAACAGUAAUCACGAUAUACGGAGCCUCGGGAAACUUCGUACAUGGGACUACAUUUUGCUCGGUAAAGAAGCCGUCAAGCUUGGCUACAACAAGCGUGCCAUUCAGUGGUUCAAACUCGCCGUUAAAAACAGCGACACUGAAGAACUUACUGAUGAAGAACGAGAAAUUAUUACCGGCCUGAGAUCUACAAUUUUGAAGUACGAGUCAAUGGCACUAGAAGACAAGUCAAAGAAGAAAAAGAAGAAAAGUAAGAAAUCAAAAGGCAACAGCAAAGAAUAUAUGCCUACCGAAAAAGUUCUGCUUACGUACGAAGAAGAAGCAAAAAUGCAAAAUAAACUCUGCAGAGGCGAGAACUUGAGGAGUCCCGAUGAAGAAUCACGUCUGGUGUGUCGGCUUGAGCGUCUUGGGUCGCCGUUUCUGCUGCUGAUGCCCCUGCGCCUGGAGGAGGUCGCCCUCCAGCCCAGGAUCGUUCUCUUCAGGGACUUUCUCACUACCAAACAAACCAAAUUCCUCAUCAAGAAGGCUAAACCACAGCUGCACGAGUCGACGCACGGAAACAUGGAUGGAUACGACGUCAGCAUGAUACGUGUCAGCAUGACAGGCUGGUUGCCGGACGAGCUAAAUCCUUACGAUCCCAUCCACAAGAUCACACGCAAAAUUGAGAUCGCGACUCAAAUGCACGCCUCGCAUUCGGACGAGGCUGAGGAUUAUCAGGUUGCCAACUAUGGCAUUGGUGGCCUAUAUGACGUACAUGCCGAUUUCGGCAUGACCAAUUUCAGAGGCAUGGGCGACAGACUGGGGACAUUCCUUAUAUAUCUGAGUGACGUGACCGCAGGAGGAGCGACGGUGUUCCCACACCUGGGGGUGCGCGUAGAGCCUCAGCUCGGCACGGCGCUGUUUUGGUACAACCUCUACAGGAGCGGCAAGCGCGACCAAUUGACACGACAUGGCGCCUGUCCUGUGCUGCACGGCUCAAAAUGGAUAACGACCAAGUGGAUCCACUACAACGCACAGUUCCACAAACGGCCAUGUUCGCUGUCCCGAGAUGAACGCUAUAAUUACCCUUGAUAUUCUCUCUAAUAGAAUAUAAUAGAAUAAAAGUGUCGGCAUUG